UAAAAAUGCAACCAGAAAAAAGUAGUGGGUCUUCACCUCAGGUGGGCCAAUCGGAACUCGGUUCUGAAAUUUCUUCGCACAAAUUCGAUUCGUAGAGGGCUAACGAAUCAGAGAAGACCACAGAUUCUUUCCAAUUUCUGCUCGUUGACGCUUCUCCAUCGCCGACCGGAGCCGAUUUCUCAGGCAAUGGACGACGAAAACUCUCUCCGAUUCAGCAGCGGAUUGGAACUGGCGAGUUUCAUCGCGACCUCGGAUUUGCUGGAGCAUUCAUGGAGGGCGAUUACGAAGCAGCGGAGUAAAAUUAGUGCAAAUGGAUCUAGAUUUUCGGCAUUUUUCGGACGCUACAACGAGCGGUCGAACUGUGAGAUCAUCGCGUUUGUUACUGCGCCGAAUUGCAGGGAGAAUCCUCUGGAAGGAGAAAGAGGAGGAGAUCUGGUUUCGUUUUCGGAUUUCAAGGAUGUGUUUCCUGCGUUUGAGUUUCUUUGCUCCAAACAAUGCUCGGAUUUCGCCAUUAAUGGAGCUGCUCUUGAGCUCUUUUGGGAUUUCUAUGAUGUGUAUGAGCAAGAGAUUGUGAGGCUGAAAUCCAAUCCAAAAACCCAAUUGAUAAUCACAGGAGAUGCUUUGGGAGGAUCAGUUGCUUCUCUCUUCACUUUAUUUCUCCUUGACUUCCUAGAUCUCACCAAGGCCAAACGCCCUCUCUGUAUUACUUUUGGGUCUCCUCUGUUAGGCGACGAGGCCCUUCAAAGCGCCAUUUCACAGUUCUCCACAUGGUCCUCUUGCUUCCUUCACGUUGUCUCCAACCAUGACCCUCUCCCUAGAAUGUUCCUCAAUCACACAGCUUACUAUCCCUUUGGUACUUUCUUGUUCUGUUCCGAAUCCGAUGGCUGCGCUUGCUCCGGCGACCCGGCGACGGUAUCGAAACUGUUGGAGGCGACCGCAGUUCCUAACGUUACUUCUAACUCUCACUCUCUGUUGUUUGAUUAUAAGGAAACAGUUGAUCAUUUGAUAAACCAGGCAAAUCUCAAGGCUAUGUCAAUGUUGAUCACAGAAAAUACAGAGUCAUUGAGAGGAAGCUUCGUAGCACAACUUGAAGCUAUUGGAGUUGUUCAAAUCCAAGCACAGCAGCAACAGAACGUAGAUGUGAAUAAACUCGUCAAGAAAAUGAUAGAGCGCGAGAACGAUACGAUACUUGAAACAAAAACUUCUGAUCCAUCUGAGGCUUUGAAUAUGGUAAAGAUAAAUAUGGCAAAGCUUGAAUGGUACAAGAAGAAGUGCCAGUCUGAUGAUAUUGGUUACUAUGAUAGCUACAAGAAUCAAAGGCAUCCACCUGACAUUCGUGUAGCUGAGUUCAAGAAAAAGCUACGAGUUUACUGGGAGAAGAUGGUGGAGGAGGCGGAGCGGAGGCCGCAGAGGGAAGGGGCGCCAUUCAACAUACGGUGGAUGUUCGGAGGGACGAAUUAUCGACGAAUGGUCGAACCGCUCGACAUUGCCGAACACUACAGAAAGGGCUUGCGCGACUACAAAUCGCAUAGGCCAAAGCACUACGAGAAGUUGGAAGAGUGGUUCGAAGAAUCGAGUUCUGAUCCGAGCACAGGGCAGAAGGAAUCGGUUUCUUCGAUCCUUACUGUAGAUUCAUGCUUUUGGGCUAAUGUGGAAGAGGCUAUCCUGGCGUGCCAAGUGGUGAAGAUGGUGGAUUGUAGUGCAGAAGAGGAAGAAGAAGCAAUGGGAAAGCUUAAAGAUUUUGAGGAUUAUGUGGUGAGAAUGAUGAAAAACAGUGCUGUAUCUUCAGAAAUUUUCUUGCCGCAGAGUAGUUUCAUGAGAUGGUGGGAACAAUAUGAUGAGAUUGUGGGAGAUGAUCAUGAUUCAAUCCUCUCAGUGUUGAUGAGGAAUGAAGAUCACUAUGAACAAUAUGCCAAUGGGAGGUUAGAGAUCCCUUGAAAUGCAAAUUUUGAUGUUAAAUUGUAAAUCUAUUCCUUCUAUCGGGUUUUUUUUU